GUUCCCAGGUCGAGUUUGUGUGUUUGGGUCUGUUUUGGAUGGAGUCUAAUACCUCCUGAUCUUCUACUGGUCGAGUCAUUCUUUUGCUUUUUUUUUUGGUCAUGUCGUCUCUUCUGUCCUUCUUUGGCUGGGCGGUCCUUCCAAAUUACGUGACCUCCCUUGUCCAGAGCGUCUACUAUGGCCUCACCAUCCGCGCUGGUGAACCGCGCCCCCAGCCCGGCACGCCGCGCUACGCCCGUCACCGCCGUCGCAUCUACAUCCUCGUCGUGACCAGCUACCUCCUCUACACCCUCUACGAGACCUUCCAUCGCGUGCAAGUCGCCGGCGAUUUCUACCACGCCCUGGGCGUCUCCCCCCUCGCCGAUGAGCGCACCAUCAAGUCGCGCUUCCGCCGUCUCGCCGCCCAGCACCACCCGGACAAGCUGACCCGCGAUGGCGGCGCCGUCUCCGACGGUUACUUCGUCUAUCUGAAGUUGGCGCAGGACACGCUGCUGGACCCAGUCAAGCGGGCGGCCUACGACCUGUACGGCCCGGACAUGCUCAACUGGGGCGGCUCCAAGACCAUGCAGGAAUUCGUGUACGCGGGCGUGAUGCGGUCCGCGCCGCAGUAUGUCGUCGGACUGGUCGUGCUCGCGGUGGCCCAGGCUACGUAUUGGUCGGCAUGGGGGCGUUAUUGGCGCUACUUCACCUUUGCGGCUCUGAUGGUUCUCGAGUCGAUCCUUCUCACCCGUCCAGCGGCGCUGUUUAUCCCCGGCUCCUUCGUCAGUCCCUGGUUGCAAGGGCUGUUCGGGAUCUCCGAGCAGAACCCCGGCUUUUACCUCCUGCCGUUCCAGAUUCUGACCCUCGCCCAGCGCGCCUCCGUUACCAUGCACAUCUUCAUCUCGCAGGUCACGCCGCCCGAGAUCGCCAAACGGGUGUCCUCGCAAGCGCAGGACCAGAUCCAUCCGCAGACCGUGCAGAAGCUGAACCAGAUCGCGCAGCUCUCCCGGGCUACGGACGGGGAGACGACCCGGCUGAUGCAGUUGGGGUUCGCGCCGUUCAAGGGCGAUCGCGAGGGCGUGGCCGCGCUGCGGAAGGGGAUGAAGGAGGCGUUGGUGCUGGGGAGUGUGCGGUCCAGUCCGGAAGUGCAGAAGGCCGUGGCGGAGGUGAUCCAGCGGAAGAAGCAGGGCCAGACGAAUUAACAGUUGGGGUGCUGCGUCUUUCGGGCUUGUAUAGGGUUAAAUGUGGAUCGUGGGAGUGGGAUUGGGACAUGGAAUGUUAUUUUCUUGUGUAUUUAUUUAUUAUUUCCCUUUGCGUAUAUAAUGAAGUGUCUGGAUAUGAUGCGAGAAUGACG